AAAAUACACAAUAAUUUACGGAAAAUUAAUUUCACCGAUAGACCCUCCAGACCUCGACUUGAUUAUGAAAUUCAACUCCGACAAGGCGACAACCAACUAUAUAUUAUAAUUUCUCAGACAAAGACUUAUUGUUUCCUGUAGCCGGAAAACAUGGAGACGCCGCUUCUGAGUCCCCGGCUCUCUACCGGCGGCGAGCAUGGAGAUUAUGGGGAAGUGCAGAGCUUGAAGGAGAUGAAGAGUGUGUUCUGGAUUGAGACGGUGAAGAUGUGGAAGAUUGCAACUCCGAUUGUAUUGGCUACGAUGUGUCAGUAUGGUAUAAACUCAAUGACUAAUAUAUUUGCCGGUCAUAUUGGUGAUUUAGAGCUCUCUGCUGUUUCCAUAUCUCUCUCUGUUAUUGGCAGCUUCUCGUUUGGCUUCAUGCUGGGAAUGGGGAGUGCACUAGAGACACUAUGUGGUCAAGCAUUUGGUGCAGGCCAAGUUCAUAUGCUAGGAAUUUACAUGCAGAGAUCAUGGAUAAUCUUAUUAGUCUCCUGUUUUAUUCUCUUGCCCGUUUACAUUUUCGCAACUCCAAUUCUGAAGCUACUCGGCCAAGACGAAAAAGUAGCAGAAUUAGCUGGAAAUUUUACUCUACUGGUUAUACCAGAAUUAUUUUCACUAGCAAUAAAUUUCCCUGCCCAAAAAUUUCUUCAGGCACAGAGCAAAGUUUGGGUGGUUGCUUGCAUUGGAAUUGUGUGUUUUUUGUUGCACAUUCCUCUGCUUUGGCUCUUGAUUAGUGUAUGUGGAUUAGGCACAACUGGUGCAGCUAUAGCAUAUAAUAUUACAUACUGGGGAUUGUCAGUUGCUCAAGUUGUGUAUAUAAUAGGUUGGUGUAAUGAAGGGUGGAAUGGUUUUUCAUGGUCUGCUUUUAAGGAUAUUUGGGGGUUUGUGAGGCUAUCAUUAGCCUCUGCUGUUAUGCUUUGCUUGGAGAUUUGGUAUUUGAUGAGUAUUAUUGUGCUUACUGGUCAUCUUGAUAAUGCUAUCAUUGCAGUUGGUUCUCUUUCUAUAUGUAUCAAUAUUAAAGGUUGGCUGGCCAUGUUGUUCAUUGGAAUAAAUGCAGCUAUCAGUGUUCGCGUGUCCAACGAACUUGGAUCAGGACAUCACAGAGCGGCUAAAUAUUCAGUUUACGUGACAGUAUUUCAAUCAUUCCUAAUCGGGAUUCUUUCAAUGGUUAUCAUAUUGAUAUCCAAAGACUAUUUUGCACUAAUUUUCACGGACAGUAAAGAUAUGCAAACAGCAGCUUCAAAGCUAGUUUAUCUCCUUGCUGUAAACAUGCUUCUCGACAGUGUUCAGCUUGUGAUUGGAGGUGUUGCCAUAGGAAGUGGGUGGCAAGCAUUAGUUGCGUAUAUAAACAUUGGGUCCUAUUAUCUUUUUGGGAUUCCACUUGGUUAUGUUCUUGGUUACAGAGCAAACUUGGGUGUCAAGGGACUAUGGGGAGGAAUGUUAGCUGGGACAGUGUUGCAGACGGUUCUGCUGUUGAUUGUACUAUAUAGAACCAACUGGAACAAAGAGGUUGAACAGACAUCUGAACGGGUGCGGAAGUGGGGAGGGCAACAAAAUUAUGUUGACAAGACAGAAAAUUUGCCCAUUAAAGAGUCAUUCUAAAUCCAUCACCAAAUUCUUUAUAUACAUAAUAUGUUGUGCAUUUAACUACUGUUGUGUAUAUCAUAUACUAUUUUUUUUAGAUUGUAAUGUAUAUCAUAUACUCCCUCCGUCCCAA